UCUUUCACUCCGCUGGGAAAUUUCUCUCGUUAGCUGGAAAUUAGGUUUCCAAUCUACUUUCCUUUGAUUCGUUGACGAUGAGGAAAAUGCAGCUUUUGAGGUGAACGAGGGUUCCAGCCAGGAAGGCUCAUGCAAAAUGAACCAUACACAGAAUCGAGAUCAGAGCGUGCGUCCUCAUCCCAUAGCCCUCGCCACCCUUAUCGGCCGAGAGCUCCGGGGAUACAAGACCGAGAAGCCUCUUGUGUGCUACGGUCACGCUGGGCUUGCUAAGCGCGGCGAGGAUUACUUUCUCAUCAAGCCUGACUGCCAGCGGAUCCCUGGAAACCCCUCCACUUCAUUCUCUGUCUUCGCGAUCUUCGAUGGACAUAAUGGGGUAUCGGCGGCCGUGUUCACGAAGGAGCAUCUCCUGGACCACGUAAUGGGCGCUAUUCCGCCUGGAAUUGGGAGGGAAGAGUGGCUCCAUGCCCUUCCACGGGCACUGGUGGCAGGUUUUGUGAAGACCGAUAUCGAGUUCCAACGGAAAGGGGAGGCGUCUGGGACCACGGCUACACUUGUAGUGAUUGAUGGGUUAACCGUGACGGUUGCUUCGGUGGGUGAUUCCCGGUGUAUAUUGGAUUCCAACGGUGGAACAAUUUCUUUGCUUACUGUUGAUCAUAGGCUGGAGGAGAAUGAAGAGGAGAGGGAGCGUGUAACAGCUAGUGGGGGUGAAGUGGGUCGGCUCAAUCUUUGUGGUGGUCAGGAG